AUGAUGUUAGCUGAACGCAAUAUCUCUUACAAUUCUUUAUUAAGCUAUAAACGUGAUCUAUUAGACUUCCAGAAUUUUUUACAAAAAAAUAAAUUAUCAGAGUUCAACAUAGUAGCAGAAAAUAUAAGAGAUUGGAUUGAAUAUUUAUCACAAAAUAAUCUUACAGCACGAUCAAUCAAUAGGAAAAUAUCUACAAUAAAGGGAUAUUAUGAGUUUUUAAUUAGUGAAAACCAUAUAAAAUAUAAUCCGACCUUAAUGGUGGAACUACCUAAAUAUAAAACUAAACUACCUAAAAUAUUAUCAAUUGAUGAAGUUAAAACCCUACUUAAUUAUUGUGAUCAUAAUAAGACAGCAAGCUCUAUACGUUUGAAAGCAAUGGUUUAUUUACUAUAUGCUAGUGGAUUACGUGUUUCUGAACUUAUUACUAUAAAGAUUACUGACAUUUUAAUAAAUCAAUCUUCAGACACUAUACGUAAGAAAGAAAGAAUGACAGUCAUCAAUGAAAAAACUAUACAAACUAUUACUGAAUAUUUACCUAUUCGUAACAAUUUUAUAAAUAAGAAAAACAUAAAAAGUGCAACAUAUUUAUUUCCUUCUAUAUCUAAUGAAGGCCAUAUGACAAGACAAAAUUUUGCUAUUCUAUUAAAGCAAAUAGCAAUUAAGGCUGGUCUUAAUCCAGAAAAUAUCUCACCUCAUUUAUUACGUCAUAGUUUUGCUAGCCAUUUAUUAGAAGGAGGUGCAAAUCUAAGAGUAAUCCAAGAACUACUUGGACAUGCAGAUAUUAGUACUACUCAAAUAUAUACACAUGUUCAAAUAAAUCACUUAAAAAAAGCAAUGACCCACCAUCCAUUAUAUAACAACAACCCUACUGAGUAA